ACUCAAGCCAAAGCUGCGGGCUCCAUGAGGCAAGGGUUCGAACCCAACUUGGUGCACAUCAAUGCAUUGAUGAACUUAUAAUAUUUUUGGUGGGCAAAAAAAAGGAGAAUCCAAGGAGAGGGAGAGAGACCAAGAAACCAUGUCUGCAACAGAGGUGUUGGUGACCCAUCCACAGGUUGCACAGUGUAUUCCCGAGGAGGAACUGCCCUGCAAACCCUACUGCAUGGUCAAGAACACGGGGCUGCACUCUUCGUCGGGUCUGGCUACGGCUGGGUUUCGCACAGCCAAGUACAUCCCGGAGGAAUGGGCUCAGAACAAUUACUCCAAGUACUACCAGUCCUUCGCCGAGCGGGACACGGCGGAAAACGUGCGCAACGGGUCCAAGUCUCUGAUCGUGGAGAGGGAAAAGUUGACCCAAGAUACCCAAGCCCAUUCUACCAAGAGGCUGGGCGAGAGGCUGCAAGAUAUCUUCUUCUGGAAGUCGGAGCUCAAGAGGGAGAUCGAGGACCUUCUAGCCGAGACCGAGCUGCUGCUGGAGAAGCAAAGGCGUCUGGAAAUUGCCCUGGAUGCCACCGAGAUAGCCAUGUUCAUCUCCACCGACAACCUGCAGAACAGGGAAAGGAGGCAGGGUCCUGACUUGGUCAAAGAUGCGGUGGAGGACGAGCUCCUCAAGGAGGUUGAUCUGAUACAGAAUGUACGGGGUGUUUUGAAGCGAACUUUGGAUCAGGUCAUUACUCAGAUAAGGAAGAACAGAGAUGCCAAGGAACGUUUGGAGAUGGAUUGGUCCGACAAAUACGAAGCCUACAAAAUUGACGUGAAGGCUGGUGGUCUCAAUAACCAGAGCACCAACAUUCAGUUCCAUCCAAACUCUUCCAAGUUCGAGGACAAUUCUUCUACGCCAGAGUCUUGGGCCCAGUUCACCCACUGUAACAUCUACAAAGCUGAACAGGAGCGAAUGAAUUCUAUUAACCUCCGCACACUGGUUGACAGUGUGCUGCAGGAGACCUCCGAAGAUCUGCAUGAGCAGUACGAUAGAGUAAACGCUGCAUUUAACAAACGCCUGGAAGAGCUCUUUGAUGUAAAGGCCAAGUUAGACCAUCACCUGAGAAAGAUACUUGAACAAAUUGCAGCUCAGGAAAGAAACAUUGCCAAUCUGAAACAGGCCAUAAAGGACAAGGAAGCUCCACUCAAAGUGGCUCAGACUCGACUGUAUGAGAGGACCUACAGACCGAAUGUGGAACUCACCAGGGACCCUGCUCAGAUGAAUUUGAUAUGUGAAGUCGGGGAAAUCUCGGAGUCCAUUGCACUCCUGCAAGAGAAACUCAAGGAAGCCCAGAUGUCUCUGGAGAACAUGGAGGAUACACGAAUGACUCUCGAAAAGGAAAUUGCAAUAAAAGCAAACAGUAUAUUUAUUGAUAAUGAGAAGUGUCUGAAGCACCGUGAACGAUACCCAACUGUUGUUAGGUUGGCAGGUUAUCAAUAAGCAAAAUAAGAGUGAAUACUUGUUAUUUAUGAGCGAUAAUACUUGGAUCUUCCAUGGAUGCAGAAACUACUCACUACACUUGGGUGAUUUACUACCUAUCGGGCAUUUGGCUCAAAGCACAAAUGAAAAUUUGUUCCCUUAGAACAAGUAAUCUGAAAUUACUACAGAAUUAUCAGGACUUUGACUCCUAGAGGUAAUAUCUAAAACUGAAAGCAUUUUCUAUGUUAUUACUACCGUUGGAAUUUCCAGAAUUGUGAUUCAAUAAACUUAUAGGAACAAGGAAGAUAUAGUUCAUGUCCAGUAUUAUCUUUCAAUGCUAAGAUUUACAUAUUGUUUUACACUAAGCAUCAAUCCAUAUUUACUGUUGCUGAUGAAAUUCUCCUGGGUAUCAAAAAUGUGCAGUCUUUAGGUUAAGUAGGGUUGCAUGGGAUAAUUGGAUGAUAUAAUUCGAUUCAUUUUUUAAAGUUAUCCAUUACAUGUAAGUGAUACAGAAAACAAACUACUGGAAGAAUUCAAUGAGUCAGGUAGCAUCUGUGGAGGGAAAUGGACAGUCAGUGUUUCAGAUUCAGACCCUUCAUCCGGGCUGAAAGGGUAGACGGGAGAUAUCCAGUGGAAGGAGGUGAGAGGGGAGGGGUGGGGCAAGACCUGAAUCCAGGUGAGGGAGGGGGUUGAUUGGUGAUGGAGUCAGGUGGGGGAGGGGAGGGUGGGAACAGGGACAGAGGCUGGGGUGUGACGGGUGGAGGCAACAGAGGGCUGUAGCCGAUGGAAUCUGUUGGGAAAGGAAGGUGGCGCAUGGAACCAAAUAAGGAAGGUGGGGUGGACGGAUGGGGAUAGAAGGGAAGACGUGUUCCAAUUACGCUUCUCGGUCAUGUAUUACACCACAGGGUUAUGAUUAACACUGGAAAAUUUCUAAGAUUGUUCUUUCUUCUUUAAAUUCAGUGUUGUUGGCAAGGCGAUCAUUAAUUGCCCUUGAACUGAGUGACUUGCUGGGUCAUUUCAGAAGGUAGUUAAGACCUAACUGCAUUUACUGUGGCUCCCAAAUUGCACACAGGCUAUACCAGGUAGGGUAUUCCCGUAUUUCCUUAUGAUAUUGAAUGAGGAGGUUCAGCCCAUCGAAUCUAUACUGGCUUGCAGAGCCAUCUCAUUCGCCCACUAAUU